CGUGUUUAAAGCACGCACACUAUCCCCUGUAUGAAGAGUCGCAGACAGGCGGAUGACUACUAGUCAAGAACUGCAAGAAGCAUGCCUACACGAAGACACGUGUAUACAUGUAUUCGAUGGAUGCACAUCUUACCUAUAUCAGCACCGCCAUGAACUGCAACAGCUCAACGAUGUCAUCGAUGAAAUAUCAUUUCAUCAUCACGGAUCGACGAGGACGCACAGUCCAUGAGGAUGAGCGAUAUUAUAGCGAUGAAAUGUUGGCUCUGUCAAUUGCUUUGGAGUUAGUUAAAUCGACGCAGUUCCAGGUCUCAGAGGGACCGUAUCGCAUACAGCUCGGGAGUUACAACUUUGUGUCGCCGCUCCCCAAGCAAAUGAAGAUUGAGAAACAGAGGCUGGAGUUUGAACAUAUCCUCGAUGGUUACUAUGUCGCGGCACUGCGCGAUGGUAUAGAGAUAAGAAUUAAAGAAACUAACUGUCCAUGUCCCGGAUGUGAAAUCAGCCAUCCCUCGCAGCGACAACACACGUGUCUAUAUCCUAAGAGCUACAGCUCCGAGGUCACGUGGUACUUCGAUGAGGUCAUGAAAACUCUGACACACGAGGAUCUUUUUCGAAAAGCAAAGCAACAUAUGGUUGAAUAUGGAAUCGUUCAUGCCGGCUAUGAUCCGUCACCUUUCCACGAGGACGAAACGUGGGUUCGUCAAAAUUAUUUAACUGACGAGAGACAAAAGAAAUGGACUGUCACUUUACAAAUAAUAAUGGACUGAUAUCACAUUAUCCUCAAAGCAAAGAUAAUUGAUCAAUGUAUUAUCACGGAAGAAAUUGGAUAGGGUCAGUGGCUAUAUUUAUCAUAUCAUUCACAUAAUUAUGGUAACCUUGAUAGACAUGAAUGAUUAGAUUUCUAUG